UUCGACUUCUCUCCGUCAACAGUUAACUCCAAUUGCCACGUGCAGUAAGCAGAUGACAGAUGUCCAAACUCACAAGGACACUGAACUAGUUUAGAUCAGUGAUAGUUAUUGUAAACAUGAAAUCGGAUUGUAUACGAUAGAUAAUGAAGAUAAUUAACUUGAUACAGUGCUCUAUCUAUGCCCUAAAUUCUGAUCGUAUAUCAUUAAGACUUUGAUUCUUCCAUCGAUUAGCCAGUUCGCCAGUAUCAAACUCACCGAAGUAGUCACGUAAUACAAGGUAUUGUGAGAAAAAAAAAACUUAUUUAUAAAUUUGUCGUCACUGAAUUAUGGGCACAGUUGCAUUAUCAGGAGAAAAAUGUCUGGAAAAGGUCUACCACAUUUUGCUGUUGGUCGUAUAGUAAAAGGCUUUGGACGUGGUUCUAAAGAAUUAGGAAUUCCUACUGCAAAUUAUUCACCAGAUGUUGUGGAAAAUCUUCCGAAAAAUGUAGAUACUGGGGUUUAUUUCGGGUGGGCCUCAAUCGACAGAGGUGAUGUUCAUAAAAUGGUCAUGAGCAUAGGGUGGAAUCCCUUCUAUCAAAACUCCCAGAAAUCUAUGGAAACGCAUAUAAUGCAUAAAUUUCCUGGUGACUUGUAUGGCGCAGAGUUAAGAGUUGUGAUUGUUGGAUUUUUAAGACCCGAAGUCAACUUUGAUUCCCUUGAGGAUCUAAUCAAGGGCAUAAAUGGGGACAUUGAAAACGCGGAAAAGCUCCUUGAGAACGCAGAUUUGGCUGCCUAUAGAACGCACAAAUUUUUUACAGAGCCAAUCGAUCCCGCACAGUUGACAAGUUGAAAAAAAAAUCAAAAUAUUUUUCAAUCCUCACAAUAGAAAUUUUAUUUUAACCAUCAGCAAUCACCUGUUUUCAACGUUUUAAAUUCGAACUUCUUCAUAAAUAUGUAAUCCAUAUUAUUAGCGAUGUCUGGUAUAACCAUAGAUACAUCAUAUCUACGGUAUAAAUAUCGGCACCGCUCGAAAAGUAGAAUAGACGAUGAAAAAUAAAUUUUUCAUAACGAGAUAAA